AUGACUACCAGCUUUGCAAUGGCCUGUACGGGAUUUAAAAAUAACUGGGUUUUUGUAAAACAUUAUUUUUAUUAUACAGGAGUUGAUGAAGACGGCAUCAUCAAUAUUUUGACCAAAAGAACCAAUAGCCAACGACAACAGAUCAAAGGGGCUUAUCAACAGGCACAUGAACUGAUAUCACAUUGUGAUCUGUUUCCUCUGUCUUUGGUUUCAGGUCUGACCACCACUGAGGAGAAGAAAUGGAGGGAGCUGCGGCGGUUCACACUGUCUACCUUACGAGAUUUUGGGAUGGGGAGGAAAACAAUGUCUGAGAGGGUGCAGGAGGAAGCCCUUUGUCUGGUGGAUGAAAUGGCUACCACAAAAGGGCAGCCAUUCGACCCAAGGAGAAUUAUUGCAAGUGCUGUUUCUAAUGUGAUAUGUGCAGUUGUUUUUGGCAAUCGAUUUGAUUACAAAGAUAAAACCUUCAUAGAGAACCAGAAUAUUGUGGAGACUCAAAUAAGACACUCUCUUGGUUUCUUAGGACUGGUAUACAAUACAUUUCCCAAAACAGUGACAUUCUUUCCUGGGCCACACCAAAGCAUUUUUGCUAACAUUGAAAAGUUCUGUGAUUAUAUCCGUGAGAAUGUGGAUUUGCACAAAAAGACAUUGGAUCCCCAAAAUCUGCGUGACUAUAUUGAUUGCUUCCUUCUUAGAGUGGAGAAGGUAGGUAUAGAUGCCAUAUCUGAAUAAUUGUUUAAAUAUCUCUAUUAUGCAUCUAAGAUGGAACUAAUUCAUCCUAUAUGAUGAAGUGUGGAAAUAUUUAUUCUCCCCUCCACUUUUUUAUUUGCUUUUGGACAAUCCCUUCAUUGCCAUUUGUUGGCACAUAUUACUAUUCCAGGCAUAAUUGUUGCUAAAGGUAUCCAUUCAAUUCUGAAGGUUAGGUCAAACAAUAG